CAUCAUCAAAGCAACAAUUUCUCCAUCCUCCACUUGAGAUCACCAAGACAUCAACGUCUCUACCUUGAUCACUUCCCUCUAUUUCCUAUCACCUUCUCACAUCACACACAAUGGCACCUCAACUCGCCUGGCUGGGCCUCGGUAACAUGGGCCGCGGCAUGGCCAAAAACCUCGCCGCCAAAGGCUCCCUCAGCACCCCCCUAAUCAUCUACAACCGCAACAUCACCCGCGCCCAAGAAUUCCAAGCCGCGACUCCCAACACCAUUAUCGCCAACACCAUCUCCGAAGCCGUCACCAAGUCCGACAUCAUCUUCACCUGUGUCGGCGACGACGCUGCCAUCCAAUCCAUCAUCGACGCCAGCAUCGCCAGCGGCUCCCCCCUCACCGACAAGCUCUUCGUCGACUGCUCCACCGUCCACCCUGACACCACCACCUCCAUCUCCGAAAAGCUCCAAGCCAAGGGUGCCCACUUCGUCGCCAGUCCCGUCUUCGGCGCCCCGCCCAUGGCCGCCGCCGGCCAGGUCAUCCCCGUGCUGGCGGGUCCCCGCGCCGCCGUCGAGAAGGUCAAGCCCUACACAACGGGGGUUAUUGCCAAGGCGGUUGUGGAUUUCAGUGAUCAGCCCCCUGCUAAGGCGUCGCAGUUGAAGAUCCUCGGUAACACAUUUGUGUUGGGUAUGGUUGAGAGUAUUGCUGAGGGGUUGGUGGUUGCGGAUAAGUGUGGUCUGGGCACGGAUGCCUUGCACCAGUUCUUUGAGGCUGUGUUCCCCGGUCCUUAUGUUGCUUACUCCGCUAGGAUGAGGUCGGGUGAUUAUCAUGAGCGGAAGGAGCCGUUGUUUGCGGUUGAUUUGGCUCGGAAGGAUGCUCGUCAUGCGAUGGAUUUGGCGGGUAAGGUGGGCGCCAGGAUGAAGGGGGUGGAGUUGGCGGAUGACUACAUGGCGAAGGUGAAGGAGCAUAUGGGUGAGAGGGGUGAUGUGGCGGGUAUGUAUGGCGCUGUGCGCCAGGAGGCGGGUUUGAAGUUUGAGAAUGCUCAGUAGGUUGAUGCUGAGACAUCUGCUCUAUUCAGGCGCCUCUUACCUACCUGCCAG